AUGACGGGCAACAAGGCUUCGGCCGGCAAGAAGACCACGGCUAGCAAGAACUUUUCGAAGGACUGUGCAGUCAUAGUUGGCGAUGGAAGUAUCGUUGGUGGCAAGAGUCUUGGUGUGGAAACUUGCGUCAACGCGAAGAUCUGGACGUUCAAAAGCGUCGGUGUCGACCCCUGGAUGGGCUUCGAGUUGGAAUUCCCUCUCGGUCGAUCCAACGAGGAUGAUGGCUUUGGCAAGUGCCACGCGUUGGACAUAUCACACCCACCGCAUGGAGCAGCCAAGAUAACCGAGGCGUACAAGAUUGUUGUCAAAUUCCCGCGCGGCAAGUUCGAGUACUCUGUUCGCCCCGUCGAUGAUGACAUGCCUGAUUGCUUCCCUGCCGUCAAGAAGGACAUGGCGCUCCUUGAGGUCUGCCUCAAGGCCCACGCAAAGAUUCAAGGAUACGGCAUGCCGUUCGCCAACCCUGGCCACGAGAGCAAGGGAUGGAUCAACCGGAACGAACAGAUGGCCGGUGGCAUGACCUUGUUGGAGAUUCUGGAGCUGCAGAACUUCCGUUUUAUCGCUCCCUUGCCGGCCAACAUCCUGGAGAGGUCGUGGAGCGAGGACACGAUGCCGCCGCCGUUCACCUACCCGUAUGAAUUCCUGUCCGAGUGGGAUGCAAAGCGGUACAAGGAAAUGCUGCAGGAUAACAAAGGCCCGCAGUUUCCGGCGGCUUGGACCUUCGACGACGACAACGCUCACCUCAUCGCCAUGACACGUACCCAGGUCCAAGACGUCAUGUGGCUUGACGACGCUGCUGCAGGAAUCCGCGAUACGAAGUUCCGGGCCUACUUUGUUGAGAGCGAGCCAGGCAACACGAAAAUGUACUUCGUCAUCGUGCCUCUGACACCGGGCUUCAAGGGUCAGUACAAUUCUGAUUGGCGCCGUCUGGCGAAUAGUGAGGUGUCCAAGCUAAACCUUCACGAGAGGCCCGAAGACGCCCCUCGGGGUGAAUGGGAUGCCAAGAUAAUGGACUACCCCAAUAGCAUCAAGGCUCUCAAUACCCACCAUGUUGGUGAGCACGAUCUUGUUCUCCUCGUCCGUCGUCCUCUGCCAGUUCAGCAGAACCGCAGUUCCGACUUCGAGGUGAUCACGAUUAUCAGCGCAAGGUCGAGGCUGGAAGGCACUUGUCUCGAGGACAAGGCUGCCGGCAAAGUCGCGGCUCCGACAACCCGCGUCGCGCUGCGACCUCUUCCCAUGGUUAACCUCCUAAAGUCCGACGACAAGGAAGCUCUUUUAGAGGAGGCUCUUCCCAACGACUACAAUCGGUUCCGCAGGUACCUCAGCGAGAUGCCGCUAGGAGUUGGCGUCAUCACUGCUGGACCUGGUUUUGGGAAGACGACAGCGCUCGCCAUCGGUACGAUUGGCAUGGUGGCUAGUGUUAACAAGGUCUACGGUUCUGCACCGACCCACGUCGCAGUGAGCAACUUCGCCGUUCGUGUCGACAGCGUCUCUACGAGGGACACCGAUCGUUGCAACAAGGCCAGGCCAAUAGACGACUCUAGCCGUGCUCGCUACGUCAUGGUCGUCCGCGGCAACAAGAUUGAGGACGAGAUACACGCGUUUAAUCACUUGCUUGAGAAUCCUGGCGCCGGUGACAAUGCAGCUCCAAGUUCAGGUUGGAAGCCCGAGUCGCAGUGGAAGCUGCCCCUAUCGCUUGCGUCCUGGCUACUGAUGCUGCUGCAAUCCCCAGCUGCUGGUCGAAGUCUUCGUCUGGACGACAAUGCUGCUCUGCGUGCUCUCCGUGGCGAUAUCGACAAUAGGGCGGAUCUAGUGCAUCUCCGUGCCGUGGCUACCGGAGAAAUGACCUGGGAAGAGUACAAGAAGGUUAAUACCCUUACCUUGGAUACCAAGAAGGCUCUAUUCGCGAAUAUCCUCAAUGCUGCAGACAUAGUCUGCACAACCCCGUCCCUCUCGUGCAAGGGCAUUUUCGCCGAGUGGAAGAGCAACGUUGCCCGGGGCAUUGCCGUCGACGAGGCUGCAAACAUGACGCGCCGCGAUCUCUACUCGGUGUGGGGCAACACGCUUCUGCCGUGUUUGAUGGCUGGCGACGAUAAGCAGUUCUUCCCGACUGUCAUGACUGUCGAGGAGAAAGACGCCCAGGGCAAUUACCUAAACCGCUUUGCGCCGACCGCCCAGAUCUCGCCUCUAGGGUUCUUCAAGGCCGCUGGCUGGCCGAUCUACCGCCUGAGGACCCAGCGUCGCAUGGCCCGGGAUCUAUUCGCGAUCUGCCAUCGCGAGGUAUACAGUGACGCCCCCUUCACGUACGGCCCAGAAUGCGACAUCGUCAGGCAGCAUGCUGCUGGCGUGGAGCUGGAGAAGUAUCUCCAGGAGAAGUACCCAGGCUUGACCCCUGCGCCAGACGGCACGCUGCAAGAGGUCUUCUUCGACUGCCGAGGCACAACGUGCUAUCGAGACAAGGCCACUGGCUCAAAGAGGAACCCUGACCAGGUCGAGGCUGGGCUCAAUGUUGCGGCCGACUUUGUUAGGACGAAGGGCAUAAAUCCUGCUACAAUCCUUAUCCUCUUGCCGUAUAAGGCCAUGGUCAAGCUCCUCAACAAUAUGCUGAAGAAGCCCGAGUACUCGACGCUCUUGGGCAUGCGAGCGGCGUCGACCAUCGACUCGGUCCAGGGCCAAGAGGGGGACAUCGUCUUCGUCAUCCUUGGUACCACCGAGCGGGCUGGUCCGGGCGUUACAUCGAGCGAGAACCGUCUGAACGUGAUGCUCAGUCGGCAGAGGUGCGGGCUGGCCAUUUUCGGUGAUAUCAAUGUCACCGGGGCUGUGGACGGGAAGGGCAAGGCCACGACGGACAGGAUAAGGGUUACGGGUUCCAACGGGGAGACCUGCUUUGCGAGGGCCAAGAUGCUGCGAAGCAUCCUCGUGAACCUGUACCAGAGCGGCAGGGUUAUUACGGUUCCGGCAAAGCCUGCGAAGAAUGGCUAG